AUGGCGCACAAGAACCUUGCCACUUUGGCUCUCCACGCGGACAAUGAUGUCCCUCAAGAAUCGGAUGUCGCUCCCCCGAUCCAUCUCAGUACCGUUCCGUUCCCUAAAUACCACAGAAAACGGCGAAACAGCCGGACCUGCACACUCAUUCGAGGUCCAACAUUGACCUAUGCAUCGGGGUUGGCGGCAGUGAAUGCUUACUUGCUUUUCCUCAAACCAAAGCGCGUUGCGAUUGGCAGUGGAUAUUAUGGGAGUCGCCAAGUCGUUGAGCUGUACCAACAACUGACUGGAUUUCAAGUCAUCGGUCUUGAUGAUCUGGAUGCAUUGCGAGAAGGCGACGUCGUCCAUCUUGAAACACCGGUCAACCCCACUGGCGAAGCAAGCAGUAUAAGUAUGGAGGUAUGGCUUGGCCUUCUGAGCUUGCGAACAUUGGAACUGCGCGUGCAAAGGCAAAGUGAGAAUGCGACAGAGUUAGUGCGAUGGAUUGACGAGUGUCUUCAAAGUGAAACCGACAAUGUCGUCAAACAGACUGUCGCUGCAAUUCGUCAUGCAAGUCCGCAGAACGAGGAUAUGCAUUGGCUCUGCCAGCAGAUGCCGAAUGGAGUCGGACCCGUGUUUGCGCUGUAG